AUGAAGGAAAGCCGUCAAAUGGCUUGGAUGGAGGAAGAGGGUCGUAGGCACUCCAUAUCAAAUGCAAGCACUCGUUCUAAUAAGGGUCAGCUUUUUGGUGUUGGAUCAUCACAACCAUCAAGCUCAGGAAUCAAGCGCAGACCGCCACGUAACUAUAGCGUAAAAAAAGGUGCCAGCGUGCUUGUAAGUGGCAUUGAUCUAUACAUGUUCUCAUCUAAACAAAAGUCAGUAAAAGGCAUAUUCUCAGGUGAGAACCUAAAAAAAGUGAAAAAAGCUAUUUCAAAGUUCUUCCUCUUUAAUGCAAUACCAUUCAAUGUAACUGAUAGUGGCCCUUACUAUCAGUCAAUGAUUGACACUAUUGCGGAUGCAGGCCCAAGAAUAAAGGACCCACAAGAUAUCAAAUUGGUAGUUCUUAUUUGGACGAGGAGGUUCAAGAGAUUGGCGUGUAUAUAUCCUCGAUGA